AUGAAGUUGCUUGCAUGGCAUUUGAUAUUCCUGGGCUUUGUGGGCCUGGCUCGCAGUCAGGAUAACGACGAGAAUGUCAGAAGGAUAAUGAAGGAAAUGGCGGUGAUACCCGAAAUUUUGGACGAGCCUCCGCGGGAGUUGCUGAGGAUCAAGUACGACAACACCUUCGAUAUAGAGGAGGGCAAGACCUACACUCCCACGGAGCUCAAGUUCCAGCCGCGACUCGACUGGAAUGCGGAUCCCGAGUCCUUCUACACCGUGCUCAUGAUUUGCCCCGACGCUCCGAACCGGGAGAAUCCCAUGUAUCGCUCCUGGCUCCACUGGUUGGUGGUCAAUGUUCCCGGACUGGACAUCAUGAAGGGCCAACCGAUAUCGGAGUACUUCGGUCCCCUGCCGCCCAAGGACAGUGGCAUGCAGCGAUAUCUUAUGCUGGUGUAUCAGCAGUCCGACAAACUGGACUUCGACGAGAGGAAAAUGGAGCUGAGCAACGCCGAUGGUCAUAGCAACUUUGACGUGAUGAAGUUCACCCAGAAGUACGAGAUGGGCCCUCCAGUGGCCGGCAAUAUAUUCCAGUCCAGAUGGGAUGAGUAUGUGCCCGAGUUGAUGAGGACACUCUACGGUGUCAGUGAGUAA